CCAAAUUAAUAUAGGUAUCUCUAUGCUUCCAUCCAAUCCAAUGAUCCUAUCCAACAGUUCCAACUCUUUGCUAUGUUCAUUUCUGUGAUUCAUUUCAUUCCGUUCAUUUUACUUUACAUUGUAUUUUACGUUUGUAUUAUUCAUUGUUCAUUUAUUGAUUUGAUUAGUCUGAGUUAGUUAUUAGGACAUUAAAAACACACAAUAAAAUGGAGCGAGAAGAAGGUGAAAUGAGCGAUGACAAUGAAAUGUUUGUAGACAAUGUUGAUACACAACAGUCUGAAGCAAAUGUUGAUUGUGCCGUGAUAUAUAAGGCAGAAAAAGAUGGUUUGGUAGUACAAAAAUUGGAAAAGAUAGAUGCUUCAAAAAUUGAAGAGAGGGCUAAAAGAUUUGGUCUCAAUUUGACUGGUAAUAGAGUUGUAACUCAAAGGCAAAUUGACGAACUUUAUGCCAAUUGUGGAAUCGAAAGUGGUAAUGAAAGACAUUUUCGUUUUGAUACCCUACACUUAAGUGGAGUGAAUGGACUAUCUACAAGGGAUAUAUUUGAAUAUCUUGAAGAAUACAAGCCAGUGUCAUUGGAGAAAUUAGAUGAAUCUUCAUGUAAUGUUGUAUGUCCGGAUCAUAUAACAGCAGCACUGGCAAUCUUGGUUCAUUCAAGAGAAAUAAAAAAUGAAGAAUUGAAAGAAAUGCUUGCUAAGAAAUCUCGUCAUCAUUGGAGGGAAGGUGUGCCACAUCCAAAACAAGAUCUCAUAUUAAUUCGAUUUGCAACAAAUGGUGAUAAAAAAAUGCCCAAACAAAAAUCAGACAUAACACAGUCAGAUUCUUAUUAUAACCAAUCCAUGGAUUCUGUUAGUAAGAAUCCUUGGGGAGAUCUCUGUAAAUCAUGGGGUGUAUAUGAUCAUCAAGAAGUUUUUCAAAGGAAACUACCAAAACAUGAUUUUGAAGAUGACAUAGAGGAACACAUUGGGACAGUACAAAUAAAAAAUAAAAAGCUGGCGAUGCGACUUGGAAAACGGACACACAGAGUUGAAGAGAGUGAAAGUAGUGAUUCUGAAUCAGAGUGGAAGAGAAAAUCUAAAACACCCAGAAUGAGAAUGCACGCAGAUGAUGAGGAAUCAAAGAUAAAGAAGAAGCAAACUGCAUGGUUUUCUAGAGAAUCUUCUGAAGACAAGGAGACAUUUGCUCCUCUAUCAAUAGAAGUUAUUAAUUCUCAUACAAAUUAUGCGCCUCGAGACUCAACCAUCCUAUCGAAAAAAUUUCGAUAUCAAAUGGAUGAUAAAAGGCAAAGUAUAAAAGAGAGCGUACAAUCUAGGUUAGGAGUAAAGAUACCUAUUGAAAAUGAUGAGUGCAGUGAUGGAUCAUCAUCAGAGAGCACUGAUCACAAUAUCAUGAGCAGAGUUCAAAAAGUGAAUAACAACACAAAAAGUGAAAGUGUGUGGUCACGAUUAGAUACUAAACAGAAUAAUAGCAGCUCAGGGAGUGAUUUGAGACAGAUUUUAAAAUCAAGAAAACAAAAGAUAUCAAAUGAUUUAAGAGGCAGACUUGAAAAAUCAAAACUCUCAAACCUCAGAAUUGAAAUAGACAAUACAUAUGACAGUUAACAGUAAUUUUCUCCAUUUUUUGGCAAAUAAUAAUUUUUUUAUGAUUCGAAAAAUUGGUAAUCAAAUCAAAUUCUAUUGUUAAAUUUAUUAUAAAUGUAAGAGCCUUAUAAUGCGUACCAAAAGGGUUGACUGUAACUAUAGUACAAAUUAAGUUUAUACGACACCUGAUCUGAAACAAUAUCAUGUUUGAACUUAUAAGUGAAAGUAUGUAAUUGAAGUUGAACAAAAACUGGCCUGAAAACUUGUAUGAAAAUUCUUUGUUCCUCUUGGGAAUUAUUAAUAACCUGGUCGAAAUAAAUAUGAACAUCGCUGCAUACAAACGUCAACGUUUAAACAGGUGAUUCCGCCGUGUAACAUCAAUACUAACAGCAAUUAGUUUUUUUUUAAAAGAAGUAUUUAUAAAUGCAGACUGGCCAAAAAUAUAAUUCUAUU